AUGCUACCUAGACAUAAUUUAAUCUUGCUUCUUUCAUUUUUCAGUUCAACUACUUUUGCUGAUAGUUGGUCAAACCUGGGUUGUUACAAAAGUUCAUCUUUGUCAAAUCUACAAUCACAGGGCUACUACAUAUACCAGUCGUCUGGCCAUUGUGAACAAGUAUGUGCUGGGAAGCGGAUAGCGGCACUUAUCAGUGGUAGUCAAUGUUAUUGCGGUGACUCUGAUCCCACACUGAGUUCAGUAGAUAGCUCGAAUUGUGGCACCUCCUGUCAAGGUUACGGUACUGAAAAGUGUGGUGGAGAUGGUUAUUACACAGUUUAUGUCAAUUCCGAUGUUGAGAGUCAAGAUACACAACAGAGCAGUAGCAGCUCAAGUCUGUCAAGUACAUCGUCUACAUCGUCAUCUACAUCGUCAUCGUCAUCGUCAUCGUCAACAUCAAGCACAUCUUCCUCGUCAAGUUCAUCAUCACAACAACCACAAACUAGCACAAUAAAGGAAACCACCACGGCUCUGCCAUCGAGCACAUCUAAUGACGAAACUUCUCAAGCUCAAGCAACCACUUCGUCGCAAACACCAGAAACUAAGGUGGAAGUGGCUUCUUCAGUACAGCCAACAACCAUAGUAUCUACAGUUGUCAACUCAGCAAACACUAAACUGCAAUCAGUCAUUUAUCGUACAAUUAUUGAGUCGCCGUCAUCACAACCUUCAUCGUCAUCAGCAACUACGACAGUAUCUUCCCCUGCAUCAUCCUCAGGAGCACUCGAGGCUUCGCGAACUGGCUCGUCGGCAACUUUGCCAUCAUCCGCAUCAUCGUCGUCAUCCGAAAGUUCAAACUCAAAUAAAAACAAAGGAACUUCAGGGGGAGUCAUUGCUGGUGCUGUGGUUGGAUCAGUAGCAGGUGUAGCAGUUAUUGCCGGGUUGCUAUUUGCAUUUUGCUGGUUUAGACGUAGAAGACAGGAUGACGAAGACGUUGAUGAUCAAUUUACAUUAUCAGGACCUAAACAAGAAAUGUCCGAAGUCGAUUCACCAACUCCACCACCUAGCCUGGAUCCUAACCCAUUCUUGUUAGCUAGUGGAUACAAUUAUUUUGAUACCUCACAACAACAGCAAUUUCCAAAUGGAACAGGAAGACUGCCAUCACUACAACAAACACCAAGACAAUACAACAACAAUCAAUUGCAAGGACAUUCUCAAACUGGAAGUGGAGCCAGCGCUGCAGCUGGCGUGUUUGGCCACCAUCAACAAUCGAGCUCAAGUGGAACCAGUGGCGGUGGCGGUGACCACUCGCUAGGGUCACAUGGAGACGAUUAUGCCUUUUUCGAUAUUCAAAAUGGAGGUGAUGGAAGCCUACAUCAUACAAACAGUCUACCACACUCAAACGGGCCACACACGCAGCAGCCCCCACUACAACAACAACAACAACAACAACAAGCAUCACAUCAAUUCCAAUUCCUCAAUGCCAAUUCACCCGAGCCAGGGUUUGGACGGAGGAAAUUGAGUAAUGGUUCGCUACCAGACAUGAUAGCAAGAGAGCCAGGUUCGUUGAAAGUGGUCAAUAAUUAA